CCAAACCAGACACGUGUUAUGAAAGCUGUCGGAAAUGAACGAAUGCACUGGACCAGACAACUGAGCUGGAAUCCGCUGGGAUACGUGAUGGAAUAAAAAAAAUAAAAAAACACAUUAUCGCACAAGUGGGACAUUGUCGUCAAAUCGCGUAAGAAGAGAGAUAUUUGGAUUUCAUUUUCGAAGUGUUUAAUUAGUGUUAGGUGUGCUGCCGUCUCGAGGACGCGGGUUUGUGCGCCCCCUGCUGGAGCGGGUUCGAGCUCAGUGACGUCAGAGCAGGACAGGAGCGCGAGACCAGGUGAGCGCUAAUGGAGAGAGCCGUGAUCACAUACAGGCACUGCGGAAGAAACAUUCACCGUUUCUCAUGCUCUCCUCGAGCCGACGAGUCACAGCGCAGCUGUCCGGUCUGUCAUCACACUCUCGCGUUUGGACUUUUAGACGCACCUGUUGCGCUUACCUGUCCGAUUAGAAAUGGCCACGCAGUCCCCUGUGCAUUUCUGAUAGGAUCUAUGCACGGACCAGCACAUCUUGGAGAAUGGCACGACACAGAGAUUCACGUGGGACUCUCAAAUUCAGAAGGUCUGGUCUAUAACUACACCCUGUCAGGGGUCCGGAGAGACGUCUGCGGCUGGGAACAGUGUGUGUGCAUACAGCUCUGCCCUCCGUGGAGACAUGAGCUCCGAGUACUCUGGGACCGAGAGCUGGAGCAGUUUUCGGCGCUGCCAGAAUGGGUCUCCGAGCGGUUUGACGAGGAAAGGGAGUUUGGAUCGAGCUGUUAUGGUUUCGCGCUGACCUUCAUUAACCACAUGCGCUCGUUGGAUGGGAAAGCGUCUCUGAGCAGAGACCAGUUCACAGGAUCUCACAUUUUACCCAGAAUGAAGACCGUGUCGCUAUACAUCAACAUCUAUCAUGCAAUAUUACAACAUGGAUUUUACAUCGCUAAUACAGAUCAUGACAUGUGAUACACGCUUCUUCAUAGAAGUGCAAUAUAUAUAGAAAGCCGUCUCUACGGCAGAACCCUUUCAAGAGGUACUAAUGCAUGCCUUUAAAGGGAAAGUUCAUCCAAAAAUGAAAGCUUGCUGUUAAUGUACUCAUCCUCAGGCCAUCCA